AUGUCGCUUAACGGCUACCUUUUUACCACAAUUGGUGCAAAAGUGACUGAUAUGGCAUUUCCACUUGGCAGCGUAGGGUGCUACUACGCCUCCAACGGUCGUAAAGAAGAGCCCGGUCGCGGCAAUACUGAACGAAUAUGUUUUCAACUCGUCGCCGACAGAACGGGCAGUCCACAAAAUCUGCCUGAUCUCCUAACAGAUGAAGUGGUGUGA